CCCUAAUCCACCAUUUGUAAUGAGAAUAAAGAAACAAGAAACUCUUUCAACAAUAUCCCCACUACCUCGCCAAAUCUUUCCCUUCAUUCGUUUCCUCCCCUCUCUUAGUAACAGUCGUUUCUCUGCCGUAUCACAAAAACAAAUAUAUAUAACAAGAAGAAGAAAAACAUAUAUAUAUAUAUAUAUACACACACACAUAUACACGAGUAUAUCGUUUGUUUGUUUGAUUGACGGCUUUUUAACGGGUGUUACGUUAUAGAGAAGAAGAGUUUGACCAUGGGAAUCCUAGACAAACUUUGGGACGAAACGCUUGCCGGGCCUAUGCCAGAAACCGGCCUCGGAAAACUACGAAAGUACAAUUCAUUUUCAGCCACAGGAUCAUCGUCUACUCCUGUUGAUACUAGCAAGGUGAUGAUAACCAGGAGCAUUACCAUUCUUAAGAGCAACUCUGGUUUGAGAAACAUAUCUGUGGAGCCGGGUUCAGUUCCCGACUCUCCUUCCGGGUCUAGCAACCCUGGGACACCUUUGUCACCUGGGACACCAUCUGGGGAUUUCAGGAGAUUCACGAGAAGAAAAUCGCCCACAGUCCAACGAGAUGAACCCAUAAGUCCGACUGUUUACGAUUGGAUUGUGAUGAGUGCUUUGGACCGUUAAGAGAGAAAAUCGGCGACUUUUCUUUUGGAGGAUCGACAGAUGAAAGAAACUUUUUGUAUAUAUAUAUAUAUAUAUAAAACUUCUGUUGAAGUUUCACUAUAUAUCUUUAUGCAUAUAUAUAAUAACUAAUAAUUAUGAUGAUAAUAAUCAAGAACAAGAGGAUUGGAUGAUUUGAAGGAAGCCCGAUCGAGAAAUUAUGGCCGCAAUUCUAGGAGUUUCCGAAGGGAAGAGAUGACAGACAUAGUAACUUGUUUUGUACAAUAAUCUCACUUGGUUCUCUUUUGUAUUUUUACUUUUUCUCAUGUACAUAUGAUUUUGUGUGUGGUUUACUUUGUCUCUGUGUUUUAUCUGUACAUAUGAGUCUCUGUAUAUUUUCAUCCUCCUGUAAAGAAACUCACUCGUUUGCAGUUUGCAAAUAUAUAAAUAAUAUACAAAUUUUAGCA